AUGUCUUCCGCCUCUGCUUCCACCCCCGACACCAUUCGUGAUGAUGUCAAGGUCGCCGAGACGAAGUCCGUCAACCAGACUGUUGCGCAAAUCCGUUCUCUAGCGGCCGGCGCGGCCGGCGGUAUCUGUGCCGUGGUGGUUGGACAUCCGUUCGAUCUGGUCAAAGUGCGACUGCAGACGGCCGAGAAGGGGGUUUACAAGGGCGCGAUGGAUGUCGUGAAGAGGACGGUUGCCCGUGAGGGGCUGGCUCGAGGUUACGAUCUUGGUAAGACGCUCGUCAGCAACUUCUCCCCCGUGCGCGUGGAGAACAACACCCCCCAGUACACCAUUGGUCAGAUUUCCGCCGCCGGGUUCUUCUCGGCCAUUCCCAUGACCCUGAUUACGGCCCCCUUCGAGCGAGUCAAGGUCCUACUGCAGAUCCAGGGCCAGAACCCGCCGCCACCCGGCCAGAAACCCAAGUACUCCGGCGGUCUGGACGUGGUGCGACAGCUGUACAAGGAGGGCGGUAUUCGCAGCGUGUUCCGCGGCAGCGCCAUGACCCUGGCUCGUGACGGACCUGGAUCGGCGGCCUAUUUUGCCGCGUACGAGUACAUCAAACGGUCGCUGACGCCCAAGGACGAGAACGGUAACGUCACCGGAGAGCUAUCGAUGCCGGCCGUCUUGACUGCCGGCGGUGCGGCAGGGAUCGCUAUGUGGAUUCCCGUCUUCCCUGUUGACACGAUCAAAUCGCGUCUGCAGAGCGCCCCCGGACGGCCGACGAUCGGCGGCACCAUUCGCUCCGUGUAUGCCAGUGGCGGCUUCAAAGCCUUCUUCCCUGGGUUCGGACCGGCUUUGGCCAGAGCCGUGCCUGCUAAUGCAGCUACUUUCGCCGGAGUCGAAGUCGCUCACAAGUUCAUGAAGAAGUUUUUUGAUGACUAG